CUGCUGUAAAAGUGCACAAUCAUUCCCAAAGUGUUAAUCUUUUAAAAGGCUAUUAGGGGUGCCCGGUGCCUGGAGUGGAGGUGCUUAAAGCUGCUCUGUAAUAUAUUUUUGAGUGGAGCCUUUUUCUGUAAUCCACUUUGUGUCCUCCUGCAGCAGUGAUGGAACUGGUGGGUAUGGCAUAUGGGAACUAAGCUGCCUAUAGAACCUCAGACACCUGAGUUGCUUACCUAAAGUAAUAAGGCUUACUUUGCAGAAUGGAAGAGAAAAAGUUAUUGUUGCUGCUGCUUUUGGUCGCGCCUCUAGUGUCAUAGGGUUGUUGUCAACAUUGGUCCUAUGGCUUGAACCCAGGGGGGGAAAGAGUUACUGACAGCCUGUCUGACACCCUGGACAAUCUGGCUGAAGACCCGAAGAUAGACACAUCUUGCAGUUUGUUUGGCUGUGCUGAUGUCUCACCUCAUCCCGAAAUUUACCGGCUGAGGGUAUUACUUGUAAGCCUCGCUGACAAAGUGGACUCAAUAAUAUAUAGCAAAUGUAUGCUAGCUAACUCUAUUAAACAUUGCCGUGCCAUCAUUGUGUUUUGUGGUGUCUUUUGUGGGACAAUUUUUGCUAGAUCGCAUAUUACAGGGUAUGGCUUUAAAACAGUGUAACACGAUGUCAAAAUACA